AUGGCUGCCGGUCAAGGUCAAGGUCAAAAGAAGAAGUUUGAAAAGUUUGACCCCAAUGGGGCACAAUCUUUCACACCUGGUCAACCACAACAGCAGUAUGGUGUAAACGGUGGUUAUUAUAACAACAAUGGGUACAGACCAAACAAUAACCAAGGUAACAGUGGGUUCAACAAUAGUUUCCACCAGAAAAAACCAAUGUCUUACCAACAAUUCCAAACCGCUAAUCAACCAAGAAAGAACCACACUGAUAGCGUUAACAGUUCUGAUUUUGACUCUUCCUCGGAACAAUCGUCAAGAUUGACCACUCCAACUCAAUCCACCACAUCAUUGACAGCUUUGAACCAUUCUAUGCAAAAAUUGCACGUUUCUCCAUUGUCUGAAUGUUUGGAAAACUUCAAGAACUCCAAAAACUUGGCUGAUAUUAGAAAGAACUCUGGUGAUAUCUCCGAUAAGAUUGUUGAGCACGGUUUGCCUUCGAUUGAUGAAUGGGAACUUUACGAUUUUAUUAAACUUUUGACCACUUCUAAGUCUUCAUCGGCCUUAUUGAAAGAAGGGGCAAUGAUUUUAUUGCAAACUUUGGUCUCCAGUGCCUUUAUCGAUAAACAACCAUAUGAAGCAUAUCUUAUUAAGUUCUUCCCAUUAUGUCUCAACCAAUUUAUGGCUAAGGAAAUCAACGUUGUUAAAGCCGCCCAAAAGACUGUCGAUGUGCUCUAUACUUGUAUUCCAUCCGUUUCUUCCCCAUCAGUUUUGCUUAAUGAAUUAUUAGCUUAUUUGCAAAGUAGUGCCAAAUGGAAGCCUAAGGUUGGUGCUUUAAAAAUCAUCAACAAUAUUAUUGAGGAUGCUAGCGCCGAAGUAUUGAAGAUGAAAUUCCACGUCUCCAUCCCAAUCCUUAGUGAUAUUUCCAGUGAUUUCAAGCCAGAAUUGGCAAAAGAAGGUUUCAAGACUUUGACCAACUUUGUUAACGUUUUGGAAGAUAACUUAGAUUUGGAAAAGAACUUACCAGCUAUUGUUGCUGCUUUGAACGACCCAAAAAAGAUUACUGCAUGUAUCAAUUCUUUGGCUUCUACUACUUUUGUUACCGAAGUUACCGAAGCUACUUUGGCUAUCUUGGCCCCAACUUUGAAUAAGUCCAUGAACAUGGCCUCCUCUUCCCAAGAUCAAUUAAGAUUGACCAUCACUAUUGUUGAAAACUUGACAAGAUUAGUGAAAAAUUAUAAGGAAAUUGAAAACUACUUGCCAAUUUUGUUACCUUCAGUCAAGAAGAUUGCCCAGAACGCUACUUUACCAGAAAUUAGAGAAUUGGCCUCUAAGUCUUUGAAGGUUUUGGAAACUGCCGAUGAAUACACCAAAAAGCACGAAUUCAAUGGGGUUUUGAGUCUCGAAGAAGCCAAAAAGUACCUUGGUGAACAAUUCAAGAGCAACAGCAUUAUUCAAAACUAUGUUGCCAACAUUGUCGCUGAUUUAUCCAAUGUUCAUAAAUUGGAAGAAUUGAAGCAUUACUUGGAAGCUAUUCUUAACGUCAAAUCUGAUGCCAAGCUCUUGGAAUUUGCCACUGAAGAAGAAAAGGAAAAAUACAUUGCUACUAUGAUCCAUUCCUUGAAGGAACUUUUCCACAUUGAAGAUGAAGAAGACAUUUACGAAGACGAAGGUGAAGAAAUUGUCAACACCAUUUUCUCUUUGGCUUACGGUGGUAGAAUGUUGUUGAACAAGACCAGAUUGAGAUUGGUUAAAGGUCACAGAUAUGGUUUGUGUGGUAGAAAUGGUGCUGGUAAAUCAACUUUGAUGAGAGCCAUUGAUAACGGCCAGGUUGAUGGUUUUCCAUCUAAGGAUCAAUUGAAGACUUGUUUUGUGGAACAUAAAGUCCCAACUGAAGAUGAGAAGUCCACCAAGUUGGAUUUGGUUUCAUUAAUUCAAACCGAAGAAGAUUUCACUAACUUGCCAAGAGAAGAAAUUGCCAAGGCAUUGGAAGAUGUUGGUUUCGAUGAAACCAGAAGAUCCCAAGCCCUUAACUCCUUGUCUGGUGGUUGGAGAAUGAAGUUGGCUUUGGCUAAAGCUAUGUUGAUGAAGGCCGAUAUCUUGUUGUUGGAUGAACCUACUAACCACUUGGAUGUUGCAAAUGUUGCCUGGUUGGCCGACUACUUGUUGGAACACUCUGAGAUCACCUCUUUGAUCGUGUCCCACGACUCUGGAUUCUUGGAUAAAGUUUGUACCAAUAUCAUUCAUUACGAAAGCAAGAAGUUGGUCUACUACAAGGGUAAUUUGUCUGCUUUGGUUAAGAUCAAGCCAGAAACCAAAUCUUACUACACUUUGACCGAUUCUAAUGCUAAAAUGGCUUUCCCAAGAUGUGGGUUGUUGCAAGGUAUCAAGUCGAGAACUAAGGCUAUCGCCAAAAUGGUGGAUGUGACGUUUACUUAUCCAGGAGCUCCUAAGCCAUCAUUAUCUGACGUUUCAUGUUCUUUGUCUUUGUCUUCCAGAGUUGCCGUUUUAGGUCCUAAUGGGGCUGGUAAAUCCACUUUGAUCAAGUUACUUACUGCCGAAUUAGUCCCAGAUAAGGGUACCGUUGAAAAACAUCCAAACUUGCGUAUUGGUUACAUUGCUCAACACGCUUUGCAACAUGUUGAACAACACAAGGAAAAGACUGCUAAUCAAUAUUUACAAUGGAGAUAUAAGUUUGGUGACGAUCGUGAAGUGUUGUUGAAGGAAUCUAGAAAGAUCUCUGAUGAAGAAAAAGAAAUCAUGAAAAAAGAAAUUGAAGUUGAUGACGGUAGAGGACCAAGACAGAUUGAAGCCAUUGUCGGUAGACAAAAGUUCAAGAAAUCUUUCCAAUAUGAAGUCAAAUGGAAGUUCUGGUUACCAAGAUAUAAUUCUUGGGUUCCAAAGGAAGUGUUGUUAGAACACGGAUUCAAUAAAUUGGUCCAGAAAUUCGAUGAUCAUGAAGCUUCGAGAGAAGGUCUUGGUUAUAGACAAUUGAUUCCAUCUGUGAUUAGACAACAUUUCGAAGACGUUGGUUUGGAUGGUGAAAUUGCUGACCACACCCCAAUGGGAUCUUUGUCCGGUGGUCAAUUGGUUAAGGUUGUCAUUGCUGGUGCCAUGUGGAAUAACCCACAUUUGUUGGUUUUGGAUGAACCAACCAAUUAUUUGGAUAGAGACUCUCUUGGUGCUUUGGCUAUUGCUAUUAGAGAUUGGAAUGGUGGUGUCGUUAUGAUUUCCCACAACAAUGAAUUCACCGGUGCUUUGUGUCCUGAACAAUGGAUUGUUGAGAAUGGUAAGAUGGUCACCAAGACCAUUGCUUCUAUCGAUGAGGACAGAUUCGAAGAUGGUAAGCAUGGAGAAGUCGCCAAUAAGGUGAUGGCUAGUGGUGAAGCUGCUUCUUACCAAAAACCAGAUGAUGAUGAUUCGCCAGCCAAUAUCAAGGUCAAGAAGAGAAAGAAGAAGUUGACCAGAAAUGAAAAGAAGGCCAGAGACGAAAGAAGACGUCUUAGACAUAUUGAAUGGUUGUCAUCUCCAAAGGGUACACCAAAGCCUCAAGAUACCGAUGAUGAAGAUGAAUAG